AUCUCCCUUGGUUACGGCGCCGAGGACAUGACGGCAUCCAUCGACGUCACCUUGACGCGACCCGCCGUUGUUCUCGAGGACUUGUCAGGUCUCGGCUCCGUCAAGUGCUCCGGCUCCGAGAUAGCCUUGACCUUCACUGACAGCGCGAUUUUUGAGGCUGCCUCAACAACUUGGCCAAAGUCAGACUUUGUCAUUGUCACCUACUCGCCAGACGGAGCAUGCAACGGACCCGACGAGCGCGGUUUCUAUACCGUCAGCAGCGAAGACCUAGAUGCAGAGGCUUUGACGAUUCAUUUGGAAGUCAAGGCAUCUUCCCUCGAGGAACAAUCCAAGAGUUCCACUAUCAACUUUCAAACUGGCUUGGUUCCCUCCAAGCGUGACAUUUCGGCAACAAUAUCAGCUGACCUCGCUGGCACCUUGGUUGACACUGACUACCUCACCCUGGUCGCCGAGCAGGCCCUCUUCGAGAGCACAAUUCGCCUUAAGGGUCGUUUGGAUCUCGAUAUCCUGGCAAGGAAGGCCAAGGCGGUUGAGCUCGAUAUCGACUAUUCGGCCCUCGUUAAUCUCAACCUCUCGGCAUCUGUGGCAGGGGAAUUCUCCACCGAUCUGCUAAACUACAAUCCCCUAGCUGUCUCCGUCUCAGCCUUCUCUAUCCCAGGAAUCAUUGAAGUUGGCCCAAUCGCCGGGUUUGCUCUCGGCAUCGAGUUCGGCGCAGGAGGCACUCUCAACGCAACCUUGGGCGUAGCUGGUGGCAUCGAGAACGGCAAAGUCCAUCUCGAUCUGCUCGACUCAACCAAGACGGCUACCAGUGGCUGGACCCCGAGUGUCAAGGUUGCUUCUGACGUCGAUGCCCUCGCUGCCCUUCAGCUCAACCCAUUCAUUGAGCUAACCCUUGCCGUGGGAAUCAAGGCUUUCAACGGUAUUCUCGACAUUUCGGCGGGCUUUGAUAUUCAACCCAAGAUCAUCAACGCAUUUUCAGUUAAUGGGGACGUUGCGUUUGAUAGCGCUUCUGGAAUCAAGUUUAACCCACCCGCUGCGGGAGAGUGCAACAACGGUGCUUGGUUUGCUAGCACCUUUGAUAUGGAUAUUGAUGCGUUUAUUUCCCCCUUUUACAGAAAGACUCUGUUUGAUGUCAACCAGCCUAUUUACAAGAGUCAGUGCUGGACUAUC